GGUCUUGUUACUGACCGUCAUUAUUAGCAAAUUGGAGGUGGUAGUGUAUAGAGAACCUGUCUAUAAAUUCAGCAGUCAAAAUGGUGCUCGAAAGUACGAUGGUGUGUGUUGACACCAGUGAAUACAUGAGGAAUGGGGACUUCAUACCGACCCGCAUCCAAGCUCAGCAGGACGCUGUCAAUCUCAUCUGCCUCUCCAAGACACGAAAUAACGUCGAGAACAAUGUGGGACUCAUCACUCUAUCCAAUGUCAAGGUGUUGGUUACGCUGUCAAGUGAUGUCGGUCGCAUUCUGGCUAGCCUCCACCAAACCCAACCCAACGGCGAUCUGACUUUCAUCACAGGCAUCCGUGUGGCACAUUUGGCCCUAAAACAUCGGAUGGGUAAGAACCAUCGCAUGAGAAUCAUUGCCUUCGUAGGAAGUCCAAUUACAAAUGAAGAAAAGGAGCUGGUCAAACUAGCAAAAAAACUGAAGAAGGAAAAAGUCAACGUAGACGUCGUCAACUUUGGUGAAGAUAAACUCAACACUGAGAAAUUGACUGCUUUUAUAGAUACCAUCAAUGGUAGCGAUGGCACAGGGUCUCAUCUAGUGACGAUCCCACCAGGAACUCUCCUGUCCGACGCCCUGAUGAACUCGCCCAUCAUUGUCGGUGAGGAUGGCACUGGAGCCGUGCCCGGCCUACCUGGCACAGGGGGAGAAUUCGAGUUUGGCUUUGACCCGUCCACGGAUCCAGAACUCGCUAUGGCAUUACGUAUAUCCAUGGAAGAGCAAAGACAGAGGCAAGAGGCGCCCUCACAGCCAUCCGAGUCGGCCACCACGGAUGCCACGCCCAAGCCCACCAGUGCCCCAGCUGAUUCGGAGGAAGCAUUACUAGAGCAGGCUCUGGCCAUGUCCGGCGCCAUGGAGACCCCUAUGCCGGACCUCAGCACCAUGACGGAAGAGGAACAGAUUGCCUUCGCCAUGCAGAUGUCUCUCGCCCAAAGCUCAGUGCUCUCCGGACUGAGUGACAGUGCAGCCAGUGAGAUCCCUAUGGAGACGGACACACCCGCCAGUAUGGAGGGAGGAGACUCGAAGCAGGCUGAAGGGGAAAGCGAGGAUUUCUCAGAGCUGAUGUCGGAUCCGGCGUUUCUUCAGAGCGUCAUGGAGAACCUACCGGGCGUGGACAUCUCCAGCGAGGCCGUCCGCGACGCCAUGGGAACGCUGACCCAGCAACCACAGACAGAAGAGAAGAAGAAAGACAACAAGUCGCCCGAGAAGAAAUGAUGCUGUUCACUUGCUAGGGUCUGCAUUAACAAGAGUUGAAAAUAGCAAAAAUUGGUUCAAGUAAAAAUAUGAGUGGUUACCUUCCGUUAAAAAAAAAAGCAAAGCAGAAUAACACUAAACAAUGAAUGGGGAGGUUUGCGGUUUGCAAUACAUACUGUGUUGUAUUGGUGUGUAACUGGUGGAAAAUCAAAGGUAGAAGAAAAAAAUUUAAAGUCAUUUAAUAGUCGGUUUCUUCUCUGGUUAGUACAUGUGAUAUGAGAGACAAUUCAUUCCAGAGUUCCCAUUCAUUUAUCUGCCACAUGGCCAUUACUUCAGGUUUUGUUUACCUGAAAUCAUUAUUUCAGUAAACUACGAACAUGCAACAAGAUACAAAGGGUUUGGGUGGCAAGAAUUGGGGUAAGAAGGAAGGGUAGUAAAUUUCCAGGAUUACCCAAGUCUGAGACUUCUUAGAGUAGAAAGUUUGAAACUCAUCUUGAUAUAACCUUGUCUCCCCUUUGCUAGAUUGUAAACUUGAUGUAACACGCAUUUUUCCAGUGUUUCCCAGUGAAGCUGUACAUUAUUCAGGUUUGGUGCAUCGACAUGCAGUUCUUCAUGUAUACAUUGUGCUCUACAAACAUGCCAUUCAUUUAUCAAAACUACCAAGAAAGUUCAGUCGUGCUGAUGACGAAGACAGUUGAUGUUCGUAGCAUAGGAAGGCACAAUGUCUCCCGUCUAGUAUUAGUCUGUACAUGAAACACUACACGUGCUUGUAUUUAAUGUGAUGACAAAACUGGUGUUCGUGCAGAAAAAAAAAAUAACAGACGAAUUUAGUGCAUCGGAUCAGGCAAUCCGUUUCAUGUAGUCUGAACAUGAAAUUCUUUUCGCCUAUUUUAAUUCAGUAAAAGAAAUCAACGCGAAAUUA